AUGGACCUCGACGCGCUGCGCGCGCGCGACUCCGAGCUGCAGCGCAAGGCCGACGAGCUGGUCGCGCAGGCGGAGCGCGCGCUGAAGGAGGAGGAGGGCCGCGCUGCUGAGGCCCCGCACGACGAUGAUCUCUCCGCGCCCGACCAGGUGCUCAUGGGGACCCUGAGCAGCUCGCUCGGCGACGUUCCGACGCCGACGGCGGACGCGCACCCCUCGGAGCCCGCGCACACGGACCCCGAGCCGUCCACGGCACAAAGCACGCCGGCCGCCCCGGCGCGCACCGCGUCGCGCAACGCCGGCGCCAGCCGCGGAGAGACGGCCAUCCCCAAGCCACGGACGAGCGGCUCGGCGGCGGCCCCCCGCGCGCCCCCCGCGCGCACGACCAGUCAGACCCGCGCCGGCGCUGACUCAGCGGCGCACCCGGAGCUCGAGGUGCCCGGGAACGACCACGCGACGCUGCGGCUGUACCGCGCGAAGGUCGCGGCGCUGGAGAGCGAGCUCGCGCAGGCCAAGGCCGCCGCGCUCGACGAGAGGAAGCGCGCGAACGACGCGGUGAGGGAGGCGAAGGCGCUCAAAGCAGAGGUGGCAUCUUUUGAACAGGCGAAACGCGCGCUCGAGGCGCAGAUCGCGCGGGCGAACAAGGCCGCGAGCGAGGCGCGCAAGGAGGCCGAGGAUCGCGGGCGGCAGCUCGUCGAGGCGGCGCGCGAGGGCCAGCUGGCGGACCAGAGCAAGCGGGCGGUCGAGGCCGAGGCGCGCGGGCGCGACGUGCGGCUGAACAGGGCGCUCGAGGAGGUCGAGCGGCUGCGCGCGGCGCUGGAGAGCGUGCAGAGCCAGGGGAAGGCGCAGAAGGACGUCACGCGGGCCGAAUACAACCGCGUGGUUGCCGAGAACAAGAAAGUCGAACGGCAGAAGCAGGAGCUGCUGGUGGCGUUCCGGAAGCAGAUGGCGCUGAUCGACAUACUGAAGAGGCAGAAGGUGCACCUGGAGGCGGCGCGGCUGCUGGCGUUCACCGAGGAGGAGUUCGUGCGCGCCCUGGACGGCGGCGCUGCGUCGAUGGCGGCGGUGGCGGGCGGGCCGGCGGCCGGGAGGGGCCGCGUGUGA